AUGGUCUCUUUCAGGUUUGCGGCAUUCGCCGUAGCUGCUCUUAGCGCCGUCAAUGUCAUCGCCGCCGAAGAUGCCGAAACCGUAAAGGUUGAGGAAGCCGUCCCUAAAGCAAACCCCAACAUUGGCGACGUGAAAUGGGAGGACAUGGCAAAGUACGCGGAGACGGGCGAACAGCAGUGGGAAGACAAGAGGAAUGAGCUGCCGCUCAGCGUGGACGUCAAGGUCACAUUUCCCGAGGCCGAGAUAUUUGGGGUGAAAAUGGUCAAUGGCCGUCCAACCCGCGCUCUGCUCCACGUCACCAACAACGAGGAGGUUCCCGUCAAUGCUCUCAUCGCCAUUGGUGCUCUCUUGUCACCUUCGGGCACUCCUGGCGCUCCGGACCCGCCGGUGGUGAUCAGGAACUUGACAGGAGCCAAGUUCGACACUCUGGUCCAGCCAAAGACCACCGAGCUUCUCACUUAUGCUUUCGCGACCGAGAUGCACCCUCAGGAUGUGACUCUGGAAUUGACGACCAUGAUCUCUCGCGGUCCGAGAAUCUUCACCGUGACUGCAUUCAAGGAGACCGUGUCCAUUGUUGAGGCUCCCAUUAACAUCUGGGACCCUCAGAUCAUCUUCCUCUACACCUUCCUCCUCGCUGCGUUCGGUGGUACUUGCUACUUCAUCUACAACACAUGGAUCGCAACUCUAUUCCCCCAGAAGAAGCGUGGCGGCAAGGGUGGUGAGCGUGCGAAGCGUUCAUCUGGAGGCUCCAAGCCAGUCGAUCCAUCCGAAGCUGUACCGGUGCUUGACGCCGAUGGCCCAGCGGUCACAACCGGAUCAAAGGGUUACGAUGAGAGCUGGAUCCCAGCCACGCAUUUGCAGAGACCGCAGGCGAAGCGUGUUGGGUCCGGAAGGCCAAAGAGCAGAGCUGCAUAG